AUGCAAAAGAUCAAGCUGGAAGAUGAAGGCAUGCAAUUUAUUGAGCAAGAAAGAAUAUUAAACGAGAAGAUAAAGGUAGUUGUUAAGAAAGAAAUUAUAAAAUGGCUUGAUGCUGGAAUUAUUUACCCUAUUGCUGAUAGCACUUGGGUAAGUCCAGUGCAAUGCGUUCCUAAGAAGAGUGGCAUCACUGUGGUUACUAACAACAAAGAUGAAUUAAUUCUUACACGCAUUCCUACAGGAUGGCUUGCUAGAAAAGCCUAUUACUGCUUCUUAGAUGGCUAUUCUGGAUACAAUCAGAUUGCUAUUGCACCAGAGGAUCAAGAAAAAACUACAUUCACUUAUCCCUUUAGUAUUUUCGCUUUUCGUUGA